AUGGCUGAAAACGACCCCUCACCCAAAACACCCAAGACCCCCAAAACGCCAACGCCUGGCGGUCAGAAAGAGAAGGAGCCAUUCGAUGCAGACGAGGUCCGCGAGACUCAGCUCCGGCGCGAGCUCGAAGGGGUCCGCAACAUCAACGAGGUGAUAGAGGGCGUCAUCGGAACACUCGAGCGGGCGAAGGGCAAUAUGGGAAACGUCUCCCAGACAGUCGACAAUGCCUCCACCCUCCUCAACACCUGGACCCGCAUCCUCUCGCAGACGGAGCACAACCAGCGGCUCCUCCUCAAUCCCAACUGGAAGGGCUCGACCCAGGACCUGCAGGACAUCGAGGCGGAGGCCGCGGCGCGCCAGCAGGCGCUGGAGCGCAGGGCAGCCGAGGAGGAGCGUCGCCGCGAGGAGGCCCGGCGUAAGGUCGAAGAGCAGGAGAGGGCCCGCAUGGCCGGCACCGGAUCUGCCGCCGGCCGCGGAUCCGGCGUCAGGGGCGUGAGGGGUGUGCGUGGUGGUACUCGGGGCGACAUACUGAGGGGCGGCGCGGGCACGGGCUCCGGCGCGGGCGGCGCGAGUUCCAGCACACGGGGAGGUUCACAGAUAGGAAGAGGCUUCGGGGCGUCGCGGACGACAAGGGGCAUGAGAGGCACAGGCUCGGGAAGUGGCAGAGGCGUGCGGUGA